AUGUUGGGGCUGUGGACAUUUCAGAUUCCUCUGCUAGUGGGUCUCCUGAUUCUGCAUUACUUGAAGCAGCUCUGGUCACAUAGACACUACCCUCCCGGACCUUUUGAACUUCCUUUCAUUGGAAACAUGUGGCGGUUUAUAGCUCAGCUUCCCCAAAAUGUUUUAAUGGAGCUGGGGAAAAAAUACGGCAAGAUUUACACUCUAUGGAUAGGGCCACGACCCAUGGUGGUACUUUCUGGAUUCCAAGCUGUUAAAGAAGGGCUGAUCGGACAUUCUGAAGAAUUAUCUGACCGAACAGAGACCCCUUUUAUUAAAGCUGCAUUGAAAGGCAAAGGAAUAAUAUUUGCAAAUGGACAUACGUGGAAGCAGCAGAGGCAUUUUGGGGUAGUUACCCUGCGGAAGCUGGGACUGGGGAGGAAAGGGAUGGAGCACCACAUAAUCGAGGAAGCCCAACAGCUUGUGGAGACUUUUGCAGAUGAAAAGGGGCAGCCUUUUGAUCCUUCAUUACCCAUCACCAAUUCAGUCUCCGAAGUGAUAAGAACCUUGGCUUUUGGAAAGCAUUUUCCCAAGGAAAUCUUCCAGAAACAGGGGGAAGCCAUUUGUUGUGCCAUGAAGGUUAUCUCUACCGUCUCUUAUGGGCUCUAUGAAAUGUUCCCUUGGAUCAUGAAACAUCUUCCAGGUCUUCACCAGAAGGCAUUUUCCACAAUGGAUGAGGCAGUUUUAUUUGCAAAGAAGGAGAUACAAAACCAUAAGAUGCAUCAGACACAGUAUGAGCCACAGGAUUUCAUUGAUUUCUACCUGCUUCAGAUGAAAAAAGAUAAAGAUGGUCCCAACUCUGCCUACAAUGAGGACAACUUGGCUCAGUGUGUUCUGGAAUUAAUGGGUGCAGGGAUAGAUACCACUUCCACUACUCUAAAAUGGGCAUUGCUCAUCAUGGUAAAUCAUCCAGAAAUUCAAGAUAAGGUCCAAAAGGAAAUAGAAGAUGUUUUUGGCUCCUCUUGCUUGAUUUGCUAUCAAGAUCGGAAGAAACUACCCUAUACCAAUGCAGUAAUUCACGAGAUCAUGCGUUACAGAUAUAUCUUAAUGUUUGGAGGUCCCAGACAGACUAUAAAGGAUGUAAACUUGUACGGUUUUCACAUACCCAAGGGAACAAUCAUUGUUCCAGAUAUGGUCACUCUUCUUACUGAUCCUGAGCAAUGGGACACACCUGAAGAAUUCAACCCAAAUCAUUUUUUGGACAAGGAUGGACAAUUCAUCAUUAGAGAAGCAUUUCUGCCAUUUGGCGCAGGGGCUCGUGUAUGUAUCGGAGAGCAACUGGCGCACAUUCAGAUAUUCAUCUUCUUCACAAAGCUGUUGAGCGCAUUCACCUUUCAACUGCCAGAAGGAGUGGAAAGACUCAGUGAAGAGAUUGUACCAGGGCUCACGUUACAGCCCCAUCCUUUUAAAUUCUGUGCUAUUCCCCGCUGCAGUACAUCAUAAACCAGGGUUAGGCCAAUUUGGCUCACAAUAUAUUGUGGCUGAGGAUGAUGGGAGUUCUAGUUCAACAACAGCUGAGAGUCAAGGUGCCUAACCCUAUUAUAAACCAUACACAUAAUCAGAAAAACUCACUGGUUACUUUAAAUUUCUCCAUAAUUCCUUUUCAACUGAGCUAAUUUUCUUGCCAAUUCAGUCACUCUCAACUGACAAAUGUAACUGUUCCAAACUUGUUUUUAUGCACCUGAUUUGCAAGAAUACUUGCAGUCAUUAUAUGUUUGAAUUUCUCUCCAAAAUACAUGCUAACGGAAUUAGCUUUCCAUGGUAAUGGAAUCAGUGUUGGAAUCAGUUUCCUAUUUGGUUUUGACUUACGGUACUCUAUGCAGAGCCCAAUAGAACGAUCUAGAAAUUGGGGUAAGCAGCAAGGUGGACAAAUUUGGAGAAGAUCCUAAAAUAUUCAGAAUAGUUAAAUCCAAAAUGGAUUGUGAGGAGCGACAAAAGGAUCUCUACAAACUGGGUGAGUGGGUGACAAAAUGGCAAAUACAGUUCAAUAUUAGCCCCCCCCUCCGCAGCGUCACAUAUUAAUGCAUUGAAAAGCAUUGGUUAGUCUUUUUAUUCAUAAGAACAGUGUGUACUAUGACCUCAAUUACUGUGAACUGAGUAAUACAGCAACUAGGUCACUAGGUGAAAGGUCCCUCAAUGCUUUCCAAUGCAGGCAAAAAACAAUUCUUUAAAAAUUCCUGAUAAAUCAACAAUAAAUCCUUUCAAGUUGGGGGUGGCUUCAGGGAGUUGAGGCUGGCCCUGCCAUGUCCCAUGACCCAUGACCCACUUUGGGGUG